UUUAAGGACCUCCAUUUUCAAAAAACUUUCAAUCGAAAUAAAGAAAUAAAAAAACAAGAAAGGAAAAACCAGAAUCAGAAUCACAAGUAGACGGAGAGAAAUCUAGAGAGAGAGUGGCGGGUUAAAACGUAGAUGACGAUGGACAGAGAAAAGGAGAGAGAAAUAGAGCUAGAAAGUGCAAUGUACACAAACUGUUUGUUAUUAGGUCUCGAUCCGAACAUUAUCGGACUCGGACCAUCAUCCAACGGAACUCCACGGGUCGGACUUUUCCGUCACUCUAACCCUAAAUUAGGCGAACAACUUCUCUACUUUAUCCUUUCCUCCCUUCGUGGCCCCGCUCAAUCCGCUAAAGAUUUUGAUAAGGUGUGGCCGAUUUUCGAUUCUGCUCAGUCGCGUGAUUUUCGUAAAGUUGUGCAAGGGAUUAUUAGCGAGCUCGAGUCACAAGGGGCACUUCCAAGGAGCAAUUCGAGGGUUUCAUCACUUGCUACUUGUUGUGGACCGAGAUUUGUUGAACUUUUGUGGCAACUUUCCUUGCAUGCUUUGCGGGAGGUUCACAGGCGCACAUUUGCAGCUGAUGUAGCUUCUAACCCACUACCUGCUUCACUAACUGAUGUAACCUUUCAGCAUGCAGCUACACUGCUUCCUGUAACAAAGGCUAGAAUAGCACUUGAAAGAAGGAGGUUUCUUAAAAAUGCAGAAAUGGCAGUGCAAAGACAGGCAAUGUGGUCCAAUUUAGCUCAUGAAAUGACUGCAGAAUUUCGUGGUCUUUGUGCUGAAGAGGCUUAUUUGCAGCAAGAGCUCGAAAAACUGCAUGAUUUGAGGAACAAAGUGAAGUUGGAAGGUGAACUGUGGGAUGAUCUUGUAUCAAGUUCUAGCCAGAAUUCCCAUUUAGUUUCAAAGGCCACUCGCUUGUGGGAGUCCAUUUUAGCUCGUAAAAGUCAGCAUGAAGUUCUUGCUUCUGGACCGAUUGAGGACCUAAUAGCUCAUCGGGAGCAUAGAUACCGCAUUUCUGGAUCAUCUUUACUCGCGGCUAUGGAUCAGAGUGCUCAGGUUCCUUAUUCAGAUACACAUAUUGAUGACAAAGAACCAAGUGAGGGGUCAUACAUGAAUGUAAAUAAGGAAAAGCUAAAGAACAAUUUAGAUUCAUCACAUCUACAAGUAAAUGAUGAGACACAUUCUCGGGUGGAUGACAGAGGUGGGAGAGUCCACCCCACUGUCGAUGUUGCAGAAAUUAUUCGGCGGUGGACACAUGCAUUGCAACGUAUUCAUAAACAAUCACUUCAUUUGGCCAAAGCAAAUGAUGGAGAAGGUCCAGAUUUAUUACGGAGUGCACAAGAUGGAGGUUCUAGUGGCCAUUCUGAGUCUUUAGCUGCAACUCUUGCUGAACAUCAGCAACAUCUGGCUAGUUUUCAGGUGCUUAUUAACCAGCUCAAGGAUGUUGCUCCAGCAAUACAGAAGUCUAUAGCAGAGUGUACAGAGACAGUAAAUAAUAUAUCCUCCAACCUUCCGCCAAUGCCCAAGCAUCGUGCUCUAGCAACUUCUCCUAGACAGGCUCAGAGCAGCGGAAGGACUUUGGAAAGCAGCUCAGAUGAUAUUGCUGAUGUGACUUCAAAAAUGUCCUCUAUUCAGCUUGAAAAGGUGUCUGCCAGCCCCCCUGCUUUAAAACUACCACAACUAUUCAGUUUGACCCCCAAUUCAUCAGGAAAAGGUGGAAACAUGCAGAAGAGACAAACUUUAGUUCCCCAAACCAACCAGAUGGAAAAUAUGUCUGAAAGAAACUCUUUGGACCAACCUUUGUCGAAUAGUCGCUUAGAUAAUACACCACAAGAUAGUGACAAUUCUUAUGUUCAAAAUUUAAAAAGAUCUGUAAGAGAAGCAGCUCUGUCUACCCAAUCUCUGAAUUAUGAGUCAUCUCGAGACAGUCACACUGACGAAAGUUCGGAGAACUUCUUCUUACCUCUGUCAGCAACUGGGUUUUCUCGUCUGGGCAUAGAAAACAAAGUCGCUUCAAGAAGAAGUAAAAGAUUGUUUUCAUCUCAGAAGGACACUGCCUUUCUUGAGACUCAUGCUCCUGAUGGUCAAAUAGGAAGCAAGUAUGAUGAUCUGCCGGACAUAUUAAAUAAUCCGGAUUCUCUUACUAAUUAUGACCACAUAAAUGGCUUUCUAUCAGCAGCUGUCUCAAAUGGUGCAAUGUCUGAUGGACAAAGGACUUUCUUUGACAUUGAGGAACCUCAUGAUCAGGUCUUCUCACCCCCUUUGUUCAUGGACACAUCACUGUUAGCAGAUCCAGACGAGUAUUUACUUGCCCCGCUGACAGAAACUGAAACUGAAACUGCUUUAUUGAAAUGAUGUUUGGUACUGUUGCUCUUGCGUUUUUGAGAAGAUGAUUCAGUCACUGGUGAUGGUUUUGCUUGCAUUCCUUGAUUGGACAGUACUCCAAGCCUGCUAGUUUGUCAUAAGGGUGGUGCUUGUAUGUGUUGUUUCUUCCUCUUAUGUACAUUCUGUUGACCUCCUUAGCAUUGUUGAUAUCCUAUUUUUUGGGGGGGAAAAUAUGGACCAAUUCGCUGCACUUAUACCUACUGGAUAACACCUGGAACCAAGAUAGCCAUCUCAUAUGGCAACUUAUUUCUGGUUUUUGGAGGCCACGAUCCACAUUCAAUCAUAUUAUUGUGCUGAUUCUCCCAGAUGAUUUAUUUAGGGAGAAGUUAUUGCUAUACUAAUGCUUCAAGAUCAAAGGAUGGCAGUUGUGUGCAUCCCAUAGUUUAUCUGAUGGAUAUGAGACGAGGCCUUAAGUCUGCACUGCAUAUGGCCUCUGGCAACUGCCAAGAUUGAUUGUUGAUUAACUGAUCCCUAUGUAUUUGAUAGAUGUGUAUAAUGAGGGAUUUGAUCGUGUAUUUAGGUAAUUGGUCAGCAACAAGAGAUUAAUGUGUUUUUCUUUUCCCCAAUUUUUGAUUUAUAAGGAAUAACUUUGUAUUUGUUAUUAUUUUAGUUUCAAUGAUUCAAUCCUGUUGCAGUAUUGCAGGCUGCUGAACUUGAA